CAAAGUUUACAAAACUUCCGCAUUGGCAGAUAGUGCAACUGGUAUGUAGUGAACUAUUACAAAAAUGGAACCUGCCGAUAUUGAAGAAAGUACGCGAAAACUUGAGGAAUGUCUGAAUACUUUUAUUGACCAUGUCGAGAAACUUCGCAAUGAGGACGAUCCAUCAGGGGACGGAUUUACCAGGGAGUUCAGGGACAUUCGAGAGUUGGGCAUGCUCCACCGGGAAGAAAAUACGUUCCCAUCAGAGGAGGGGAGAAAGUCGUUUAACAUUAAGAAAAACAGAUACAAGGAUAUACUGCCAUAUGAUGAGUAUCGGGUGAGACUGAAUGAAAUACCGGGAGACGAGGGGUCAGACUAUAUCAAUGCCAGUUUUAUACAGGACCAGUUUGGAACUGAUUGUUACAUCGCGAGCCAGGGUCCAGUGGAGAAGACUGUGAAUGACUUCUGGAGGAUGAUCCUGCAGUACAAGGUCAAGGUCAUUGCCAUGGCCUGCAAACUCGUUGAGGCGGGACGGAAAAAGUGUGAGCAGUAUUGGCCGGACCUGAAGGGGAAAACAGAGGAAUUUGGAGACAUAUCAGUUACCUUGAUCUCUGAGGAUGAAAUGGAGGUGAACUGUAUGAUCAGGAAGUUAGAGGCUUCUCAGGCUGGUGGCCCUCCUGUCACCGUCACCCAGUUUCACUACACAGGCUGGCCCGACCACGGGAUACCCAACGACUUUGAUGUCAUCCUCGAGAUGAUGGCGGAGAUGCGUGAAAUCAAGCGGAAUGACCCGGAUAAGGCCCCCAUGGUUGUUCAUUGCAGUGCUGGUUGUGGGCGUACGGGAACCAUUUGUGCCAUAGACUACGCCUGGGAUGUCUUGAAGACAGGGAAGAUGGAUAGAAGCUUCUGUCUGAACACCCUGGUGAAACAGAUGAGAGAACAGCGACCCUCCAUGAUACAGACUCAUGAGCAGUACAUGAUGGCACAUGUGACAGUACAGACAUUGUUCCAGAAACACCUGGACCUGAUGGAGGACCACGUAUACGGCAACAUUGACUUUGGGGAGCAGGAAGACUCAGAAGAUGCCCGGCCCCGGAAGAGCUCUGUUCUGACACAGGACAUUGAAAGCACAGUUAAAAACAUCACUCACCCACCGGAGAUGUCUCUGAAGGAAUCUGAGGAUGACAUGCUACACCUCCCGGCCCCCCUGGCACCCAUCCAAGCCCCUGGGUCUCAUCCCAACCCUGUUGCAGUCCAGGAGCAUCUACCAACAUCACCCAAACCUGCUCUCCCAAAGAAGCCCAUGGAUGUAGGCCCAGCUAUUUCCAGCGGUCCCUUCAACAAGGAAGCGGAAAGGGAAAAACCAGAAGGCGGGGGUAUGAGGAGAGAGAACCAGCGAUCGUUCAAGGUGGAGAAAAUACAGAACAUACCCAGCCAAAAAGAUGACCCAAAGGUUGAGAUGAGAUAUCUAGGUAGUAUAAACAAGGAGGAAAAUUCCCAAGAAAAACAUCUAUCAUUUCCACCUUCUGAAACUGGCAAACAAGAUCUGCAAAGUAGGAAACAAAUGUUUGAAAAACCUGAUACAGGUAAACCAGAGCCUAUGACACAAAAACCAAAGCUCUCUCCCAAAAACUCUGUUGAUAGGAAUUCCAACUCUGUGAUAUACCCAGGCCCUACACUACACAAACAAAACACCUUGCCCAGUGCAAGUGCCAGUGACAAUAACAAAUCAAGUAUAAAAAAGACCCAAAGUGUUGAUCAAAGUGGUGCUGGGUCGCCCAUGUUUAAGACAGUACUAACAGUAGGUGGAGAAGCUUCUAAAACUGGCCUCUUAAAAACCAAAUCUGCCCCAGGUCCGCCAGCAGCGUCAGGCUCUACCAUGGGCUUGAAGAAAACCAAUACCUUGCCAGCAAAGGCAUUCAAUCCAUUCAUAGACCAGCCACAGUCCAGUGUCUCACCAGACACCACUGUCACUAAAAACGAUGUCUACUCCCUGGCCAGGGACAGGAAUGAUUACUCAGCUGUCUCCAACUACAGCUCAGGUGUCAGUUCUACACAAUCCACAAUGCAAUCAACUUCAGCAAAGCCAUACUCAGACCUGGCUAACUACAGUUCUUUGGGGUCUGCUGAAAACAAUAACAGACCUCAAGUGGCUAACAGUGGUCGCAUACACAGUGGAUCUACUGGCAGCAACCCAUACAGCUAUGCUGCUGACAGUGUUGCAUCCAGCCCUGGUCAGCCCCAGCCUAAGCCUGCAGGCACUGAGUACUCAUAUGCCCAGGAGAUCACAGACAAUGUUUAUGCAGAAGUAGACAGGUCCAAUAACACCCAUACCCAGAAGCCCAAACUAGGUGACGCUGUGUAUGAAUCUGUGGAUUACAGCCCGGACCAAAUGGGCAAGACAGGGCCACCCCCAAUCCCUGACCGCAAUUACCAAGACGAUGAGCAGACGUCAAAUACCGGUGAUUCAUCGAGCAAAAUGGGGAAAAUCACGAGUGCAUUCAAAAACUUGGGAGGAAUGAUAUCUGGAAAAAGCGCGAACACACCACAAGACAGCACGAACACCACUGAUGUGCCAGGAUUUGGAAAACGGAUAGGGAAAAAGCCAAAGGGUAAAAAGGAUCAACCUAAGGCGUGGAAAAAAACGUAAUAGAUGAAAUAGAUGUAAUACAUAUAAUAGAUGUUAUACAUGAAAUACAUGUAAUAGAUGUAAUGGAUGAAAUACAUAUAAUAGAUGUUAUACAUGAAAUACAUGUAAUAGAUGUAUACAUAUAAUAAAUGUUAUACAUGAAAUACAUGUAAUAGAUGUAAUAGAUGUAUACAUGUAAUAGAUGUUAUACAUGAAAUACAUGUAAUAGAUGUAAUAGAUGUAUACAUAUAAUAGAUGUUAUACAUGAAAUACAUGUAAUAGAUGUUAUAGUCAAAGUGUAAUAGAGCAAGCAUUAUAAAUAGUUAUAAGAAAAGUACUCAAAAUAUUGUAUUAUAGUAAUGUUGAAUUUAUUAAUAUUAUUUUGCAAAAUUGUUACAUAUUAUGUCAUGCAAUUUCCAAGGGAUCAAUAAACAAUGUUGCAAGAUGAGAUAUCGUUGCCAUGGCAUUAUAAGGCAAAAUGGUUUUGUUCCAUAAAAUGAGAAAACUCUGAAUAAGUAGCUGGUUUGUUGGUGGUACCUUGUUGUUGAUUUUUGCUCAUUUUAAUGGGAUCCACGGAUUGUUUUGAUGCGCUUCAUUAGUCUUGUGUGAAAGUAUUUUAUAGAAAUAUGUACAUCAGAUUGCCAUACAUGUUACGCAAUUUUGUUUUAUGUUUGUGAUAUAUUGAAACAGAUUUAAAUGAAAGUAGAGCCUGUAAUGUUUCUCUCCAAAUGUUCUCUAUUAAUAAUAUCCUUUAAUCUUAUGAUAGCUAUUUAAGGUGGAUUACUGGUAGCCUUGUAAAUAGUUUGUCAUGUUUUAUGUUUGUGCUACUAUAGUCUUUCUACAUUUAACCAACUUUGUUAACAUAUGCUAUGGGAUUAUAUUUAAUAUUAUAUUUAAUUUUUUGUUGUUGUUGUUGUUGAUGUAUGUUUGUCGAAGAAAUUGAUCUGUUUCAAAUGCUGUUGAUCGACAUUAGAUCAGAGGCCAUAAUAACAAACAGUCUCAAGUCCAAGUCUAGCCUCAGACUCAGAAUAAAAGCACUUUAAUUUAAUUCUAUUUGUUGUCCAAAAAUAAAAGCGAAUAAAUGUACAAUUUCAAAUAGUUAUAACAUUUAGCAGCAUUCAUGUGCAUAACUCGACUAGAUAGAAAGUUACAAUGAAAUGAAGAUUUCCAGUUUUGCCACUUAAGUCUGAACUCAGACUUGAGAUUUUUCUUAAUCACAGCCCUUGAAUUUUAACAUAUAUGUAAAGAUUGAACAAAAAGAGAUUUUGGCACGUACAUUAAACAAACAUGUCAGGGUAUAUAGUUAGAUUAUAUGUAUUAUAUAAAUAAAUGGCGUCAUGCAUUGUAGGCAACCCAAUGAACCUUUGAAUAUAUUUCACUUACAAUGUAUUGUCAUUUAUACACUAUGUGUUAACAGUUUUCACAGCUAUUCUUUAAUGCACCACUUAUAGUCUAAUCCCUUGAAUUAUUUAUUUAAGGCAUGUUAUGUCAGACUGCUACCAGAUAAAGAUUAGAAUAAAUUCUUUAAUAUUCGACAAAGAAUUAUUUGUUUAAAAUCAUACUUGAAGUCUGAAGUCAGGCCUCUUUUGAUGUUUUCUCUACAUUUUCCAUCUUUAUUGAAAAACAGAUUUCAUAAAAACAUGGCACGGCAUGUCUUGGCACCCCUGAUUUCAUCCAAAUGUCUGCUUGUGUUUGUUUUCUUUGAGACAUUUAUCUAUAACUUUCACAUUAUUUUUAUUUAUGUUAAAAAGCAAUUAUACAAAAGGAUGUCUGAGAGUUGUGUACAUGUAUAUGAUGUAUGAUACACUCUUUGUGAUGAUUUCGUUUAAAUUAUUAAUUAAGGCUGUGUGGCACUCUAAAAUGGGUGGGUGAAAUUUAGGUACCAGCCUAAUUUAGGUAGCCUAAUUUAGGUACCAGCCUAAUUUAGGUUCUCAACCAAUGCUGUUGAUAUUACUUUGAAUCUAUAUUUCAAUCUUUAUUAUCUACAUUGUAUGUGUAAGUGUUUUUAAAAUGCAAAACACAUAUGAAAUAAAAAACCUUGCAUCAACUGAUCUAAAAGAAUGUAACCUUAAAUUUUACAAAGCAUUCCAUGUAAUCAUUCCCCAAGAAAGUGGACCAUAUUUGUUUAAUGUGUUAGUAUUCAUAACUAUAUAUUUACACCUCAACUUCCAUUCCUUAAAUGAACGUCAUUUCGGCAAUUGCGUUCAUCAAUCGAUGAACAUCUUCAGAUAUGAUCGGAUCGCAAUUCAUUGCAUAACAAUAUACAUGAAAAAUAUUUGUCUUGUUAUUGUUUGUAUUGUGUCAGAAGGUCCCGUAAAAUAUAAAUAAACAUUUUAGGAAGUGUUAGUUUUUUAAAUUUUAAAUGUGUAGUUGCCAUAACUGUUUGAUUUUUACGUUUAAAAGUGGUUUGGUCGAUCUUUUCCCGCGAUAUUGUGACGUCAUAUAAAAAAAUGCUUCCGGUCGUUCUUUUUACAGAAUGGGUAGGGCUUACUGAAAAGUUUUUUUUAAAUGAAAUUAAGUAUUUUUAACAUUUCUUGAAUGAAAUAAUGAACUAUUGGUGUAAAUAUAAGUAAUGAAUUGCGGGCUUGAUGUCAUUAUCGGGGAUAUGAACGCAAUUGGGCUGGUCAAAGUACUCGUGGAGUUCUUUGGACUCCACACACUUUGACCAGCCCAAUUGCGUUCAUACCCUGAAAAUGACAUCAAGCCAAUUCAUUCCUUAAUUACACUGUGUGUUUAACUUGACUUUAAGAGUAACAGAGAGCUGGUUCUCUUUAAAGAAAACAAAUUGUGUUUCUUUUAUGAUUAUUAUUUAAUACUUAUUCAUGGACAUCAUGAACAUCAUUGUGUUUAAGAUUCAUUACAUUGUCAAAUAAUUAUGUUAAAAAAGUAUUUUUUAGUUUAUAUGAGAUGUCAAAAAGUUAAAUCAGUUACUGCAGUUGGAUUGCUUAUUUUUUUAAAUGUGUGCUAGUUGUUUGUAGUGACAUGUCUGAAUUUCAAUGUUUUUUUGGGGUGAUUUUUGAUUUACCUUUUUUCUGUCAUUGCAGUGUUAACAUGAUUUUAUAAACAUUAAUUUGAGCUUGUCAAAUAUCAUUAAUACAUUCCAAGAUCCAUUUAUCAAGCAUGUGUGUUAUGUGGCUUCCUGAUUGCAUGAAUUUAAUAUGGGGUUGAAAACCACAUAACUUUGUAAAUGGUCAUUUAUAAAUAUCCAUUACUGUCAUUAAAAUUGAUUAGAUACUUUAGACAUUUUUACAUGUACAUGAACAUAUCAUGACUUCCUUACUGUUCAUAUCACUUCUCCUGCGUUCACCUUUCACAAAGCUUACAUUAUACCUCUCUUAAAGGUUUCAGCCUUGAUUUGCUAGUUAUAUACAUGUACACAAUACAGUGGAAACUACAGGGGCUAGCCUAGGCCAAAAGCAAUGGUUUGGUUAGGGUUACAUCCUUUACAAAAAUGGGUAGGAUGGUAGGCUUUUUAUUAUCAUUCAUAUAUAAUACAAUUUCAUCAUUCGAGUUUGGUGUUUGAGUAAUUUUCUGUAUAAAGAGUUCAAUGUUUAAAAAAAUAUAUAUAUUCAUUUUUUUACCAACUGACUAUAAAAAUGGUAUGGUUGGUGCCUGUUUUAUAGGUAGGGCCAGGUAACCUGAACCAAAUGUAUUUUUAGGCCCUUGUGGCCACACACACAGCCUACACAUGCAACAACACAUGACAGCCCACACAUGCAACAACACAAGACAGCCUACACAUGCAACAACAACACAUGACAGCCCACACAUGCAACAACACAAGACAGCCUACACAUGCAACAACAACACAUGACAGCCUACACAUGCAACAACACAAGACAGCCUACACAUGCAACAACAACACAUGACAGCCCACACAUGCAACAACACAAGACAGCCUACACAUGCAACAACAACACAUGACAGCCCACACAUGCAACAACACAAGACAGCCUACACAUGCAACAACAACACAUGACAGCCCACACAUGCAACAACACAAGACAGCCUACACAUGCAACAACAACACAUGACAGCCUACACAUGCAACAACAACACAUGACAGCCUACACAUGCAACAACAACACAUGACAGCCCACACAUGCAACAACACAAGACAGCCUACACAUGCAACAACAACACAUGACAGCCUACACAUGCAACAACAACACAAGACAGCCUACACAUGCAACAACAACACAUGACAGCCCACACAUGCAACAACACAAGACAGCCUACACAUGCAACAACAACACAUGACAGCCCACACAUGCAACAACACAAGACAGCCUACACAUGCAACAACAACACAUGACAGCCUACACAUGCAACAACAACACAUGACAGCCUACACAUGCAACAACAACACAUGAGUCUACACAUGCAACGACAACACAUGCAACAAUGCAGAACAGCCCACACAUGCAACAACACAAGACAGCCCACACAUUCAACAACACAAGACAGCCUACACAUGCAACAACACAAGACAGCCCACACAUGCAGCAACUCAGGACAGCCCACACAUGCAACAAAACAAGACAGCCCACAUGUGCAACAACACAAGACAGCCCACACGUGCAACAACACAAGACAGCCCACACGUGCAACAACACAAAACAGCCCACAUGUGCAACAACACAAGACAGCCCACAUGUGCAACAACAGAAGACAGCCCACACAUGCAACAACACAAGAUAGCCCACACAUGCAACAACACAAGACAGCCCACACAUGCAACAACACAGGACAACCCACACAUGCAACAACACAGCCCACCAUGCAACAACACAGGACAGCCCACAGGUGCAACAACACAGGACAGCCCACAGGUGCAACAACACAAGACAGCCCACAUGUGCAACAACACAAGACAGCCCACAGGUGCAACAACACAAGACAGCCCACACGUGCAACAACACAGGACAGCCCACAGGUGCAACAACACAGGACAGCCCACACAUGAAACAACACAGCCCACACGUGCAACAACACAAGAGAGCCCACACGUGCAACAACACAAGACAGCCCACAGGUGCAACAACACAAGACAGCCCACACGUGCAACAACACAGGACAGCCCACACGUGCAACAACACAGGACAGCCCACACGUGCAACAACACAAGACAGCCCACACGUGCAACAACACAGGACAGCCCACAUGUGCAACAACACAAGACAGCCCACACGUGCAACAACACAAGACAGCCCACAGGUGCAACAACACAAGACAGCCCACACGUGCAACAACACAGGACAGCCCACAGGUGCAACAACACAGGACAGCCCACACAUGAAACAACACAGCCCACACGUGCAACAACACAAGAGAGCCCACACGUGCAACAACACAAGACAGCCCACAGGUGCAACAACACAAGACAGCCCACACGUGCAACAACACAGGACAGCCCACACGUGCAACAACACAGGACAGCCCACACGUGCAACAACACAAGACAGCCCACACGUGCAACAACACAGGACAGCCCACAUGUGCAACAACACAGGACAGCCCACACAUACAACAACACAAGACAGCCCACACGUGCAACAACACAGGACAGCCCACUCAUGCAACAAUACAAGGCAGCCCACAUAUGCAACAAUACAGGACAGCCCACUCAUACAACAAUACAAGACAGCCCACACAUGCAACAACACAGGACAGCCCACUCAUGCAACAAUACAGGACAGCCCACACAUGCAACAACACAAGACAACCCACACGUGCAACAACACAGGACAGCCCACUCAUGCAACAACACAAGACAGCCCACACAUGCAACAACACAAGACAGCCCACACAUGCAACAAUACAGGACAGCCUGCACAUGCAACAAUACGGGACAGCCCACACAUGCAACAAUACGGGACAGCCUGCACAUGCAACAAUACGGGACAGCCUGCACAUGCAACAACACAGGACAGCCCACACAUGCAACAACACAGGACAGCCCACACAUGCAACAACACAGGACAGCCCACACAUGCAUCAGACCACCUCUCUUAUGUUUGCUUUUGUUUCAUAUUUUUUUCUUGUUAAUAUUUUUGAGUGUCUAGUUAUGAAAUGUUUGUUGUUAUGUUGCUAAUUGUAAAGAUCAUUUUUUAUACUAUUUUUCUACAUAUUUUAUACAUGUGAUUUUUUUAUCAAUAAAAUAUUCUUGUUGCUUU